AUGAUAGCUGAACAACAGAACCAGGGAAAGGAAUGUCCUGAUGAACCGGGGCCAUCGUCGUCUUGCAGUUCGGCCACGCGACACCGCUUUCAGGACCUGCCGUAUGAUGUUCUUUUACGUUGUGCGGAGUUCAUGUCCGUGCGCGAGGUGCUCUCGCUAGGAACAAUCAACUGUUUCUUUCAUGCCUUUACCACAUCAGAAAACAUUGUGUUGUGGAGACACUUCACUGAGCGUGUUUAUUUGCAGCACCCUUACACUUUGAGGCAAACCCUUUUCAACGACUCACUACUGCGAAUGUACGCUGCCAUAAACUCCAUACCGGUCCCUCUUUCUUCAGCGAGAGCUGGGGUCUCGGAUGAGUAUGAUGUGUUGAACACAGCUGCCAUCUCGAGCCAAGUAAUUUCACAAGAAAAACUAUACCAGUGGGUGACAGACCGAUGUGAAGAGGUAAUUCAGGAUUUGCGUUUGUUCGCAGACAUCGUAGAAAAUGCGGACUCACGAUUUGCACUUACGGGUCUUUUAGUGGCGUUGCAGGCUGUUAAGAAGCGCAUGUGGUGCACUGAGGUCGCAGAUCUUGAAAGCGUGCGAGAUUUACUGCGGGCAACUGUCGUGGAAGAGGAACAUGAUCAAGGGUGGGUUGUGCUGCAAACAAUAGCGAACAGAACAAUCCCGAGGCGGUUCUUAACCUCCUUUACGGCACGCAUGCAGUCAGACAAUAUCGAGUCCCUCAACGGAAAGUACAAACUCUUGAAGCGGUGUUGGCAGAGAGCCGCUGCUGUAGCUCGUGAAUACAUGCAACUGCGUGAAGUGCUGCGCGUGGUUUUGGCGGUAUCGGAAGUUGCCGAUCAUCCAAACGCGCAACAGCGGUAUGAUAGUGUGUGGUCAGCACUUUGUGGAACCACGGCGAUGCUUAACGCUGAAAAGCGCCGGCGCUGUAGUGAGUCGGGGGACCUUGACGAAGUGGGAGCAGUCAUUCCCAUGAGCGCAACCGACGAUGCGCUGCUGCGUCAAAUACGUAACUUGGAUAAGGUGACAAUUGGGGAUAUUGUGAGUUACUUCUUUGGUUAUGUGAAUGGCAAGGUGCAGCGCAAGACGUUCCUGGCAGCUCUCUUCAGCAUGAAACACUUAGCAGGAGCGGAGGGAUAUGAAAGUGUUCCCUUUUGGUAA